AACAUCGUCAUUAGAGACCGCCUAUUCUGGCCACUCUUUGUCUCUCAAAGCUGUGAGCUAAGAAAACACGUUGUUUUGGUUGUUUUCGAAUUUUAAGUGACGACUUUUUGAAUAGCUUUUUAGAAAAUAUUUGUCAACUGCAAUAUGACGCCGUCUCGCCGUUAAAGCCUUUUUGCAAAGGCUCCACUCUAACAUGAGUACCAUAGCGGCACUUUUGGCACGACAAUGGAGUUCCUGCCAUCCAAAACUUCUCAGACAACCGGUGUAUUUCUCGAAUUCAUAUUUGCGACCGAACAGCAAGGUAGCGGCGAAAGUAAAAUCCCCAAUAUUCAGUGAAGAAGCUGCAGUGGUGGUUGUUCCACCAAGAGAACGAGAUGUUCCUGCGUUGUUCAUCAAGCCUAGAGGACACCUUUUGCUUCAGCCAAAGUUUUCUGCAUCUGACAUAAGAGACCACACUAAACUUAUAGCUGCGGUACUUAAAACCCCACAGGAACCAGAGCCAAUACCAGGCGUCCCAAACCCAGAUGUAAAUCUAUCAGACUCGGUGACGCCUCGCGAUCUCGAAUGGAGUCCAGUGAAGUUGGAUUUGAGAGCGUUGCCGCAACAGUACAUGCGACUUUCGAAAAUCAGACUGACCAGUCUGGUUGUGAUCACCACUGUCUCUGGCUACAUAUUUGCCCCAGCUGCAUUCGACCCCACCACUCUUGUUCUGGUCUCCGUGGGUACAGGUCUAACAUCAUGCGCAGCUAAUUCUAUCAACCAAUUCCUUGAGGUGCCAUUUGACGCCCAAAUGGCAAGAACCAAGUCACGAGUCUUAGUCCUUCAAGGUCUCAGUCCAUUGCAUUCGGUUGGAUUCGCCCUCGGUGCUGGCGCAGUUGGGCUUUCAACACUUUAUUUUGGAGUCAAUGGCUUGACUUGCACUCUCGGUGCUACUAAUUUAUUGCUCUACACCUGUGUGUACACUCCAAUGAAGAGGAUCAGCAUAUUAAACACCUGGAUUGGUUCUAUUGUUGGUGCUCUCCCUCCUGUGAUGGGCUGGACUGCGUGCACAGGCGAACUGACCAUCGGCGCUCUGCUCUUAGCAGGCCUCCUAUAUGCGUGGCAGUUUCCUCACUUCAACGCAUUGUCUUGGAACUUGCGACCUGACUACUCAAGAGCAGGCUACCGAAUGAUGUCAGUCACACAUCCAGCUCUGUGCCGACGAGUCGCCCUGCGCUACAGUGUAGCCAUCAUGGCCAUGUCAUGCGCGGCGCCUCUGCUGAACGUGACUACGUGGACCUUUGCUGUCGACAGUGUACCUGUGAAUGCCUACCUAGUCUAUCUUGCGUGGCGGUUUUAUAAAGAUUCUGAUAGCAAGAGUUCGCGGAAAUUGUUUCGCUAUUCGUUGAUCCACCUGCCAGCACUGCUCAUUUUGUUGCUCAUCAGUAAAAAGCACUCCGGUGGCAAUAAUGCUGCAGCCUCCUCUGUCGCGGGGGCGGUGAACGCUGAGCAAUUUAGCUAGUUUGACUGUUGUUAUUAAUUGUUAAGUUAUUAUUUUACCUCGAGAAUCAUUGUAAAGUCUGCCCAGUAAGUUGUAAUGUUAAAUUAAAAAAUCGACAGAGAUAUUCUUAAUUGAAAA